AUGCAGAGACUAUGGCAUCAAAUUUCAGCUAUCUUUCAGUGGAAGACACGGUCUGAAGAGACACCACAGGAAAAACCUGAAGAAAGCUCCACGUUGAAGUCUGUCAAAGGAAUUGUGACCCAUCUCUGUACCGACUAUGGCUGGAUUAAUGAAACUAUCUUUUUCAAUACUGACAUGUUGUGUGGCAAAGUCCCACUGAACAUUGGGACAAGUGUCAUUGCUCUCGUGGAAGAAAACAAAACAACUCAUACCCAAAAAGCAAUCAAGGUGAAAACUGUGACGAAUCCUGUUGAUGGUACUGAGCAAUCAGACCUCAACAGAGAACUUUGUAUUAAGUGUGUCACCUCGGUCACACAGGACAGCAUCUAUAUCGACAAGGAAACUUCUUUCCCUGCUCAUCUCUUUUCUGGAGAAUUCAUGCCUUGCAGAGGAGACUUGUUGCUGAUUGAGUAUUCCAUGAAGCCGGGCACUUCAAACAUGAACAUCCACACCGUGAGCCCCUUAAGCUCCCAGAAUAUGGAUGAGGUCUGUGUUACCAGUACUGAUGGAAGAACUGGUGUGGUGGAAUCCUGCAUCUUUUUUACUGUAGAUUCUAUCCAGAAACCUACUGGUUAUACUCCGGUGUUGUAUGACAUUGUGAAUGUGGUCGCUGUGGACAGCAUUCAAGCACACUGUUCUUGGAGAGCAGUGUCAAUGAUUCCAGUGGAAAUGUGUAUUGACCAAGCCUUGUAA